AUGGAGCAACAAGGCUCCAACGAACCGCAGGACUCCAGGAGCGAGGCUCAACCGUCGGAGGUAGUUGCAGACGAUACUGCAAGCACAGGGAGCUGCCGAGAUCAAGACGCUGAGCAGACAUCCGAUGCGCCACCAACGCAAGGUGGGUCGGGUGAUGCCGGUGAAGCAGGAUCGAGCAUCUGUGCACUCCGAGCCAGGAAAACGCAGGACAAGAAGCAAUUCACGAACAUCCGACGAGGGCUGAUUGUAAAAGCCCAGCGAGUGCAGAUGCGAUGUACGGACGAUGAGAGCUACUUCGAUGCCGAAAGAGAAAUGAACGAGCUCGAAAUAGCAUAUGAGAGAGCGGAAGGGACGAUCACAGAUCUAGCUGGUUUAUACGAAGCAGAGAGUAAUGCGAGAGAGAAGGAUAAGAUGAUUAGUGAGCUAGAAGUACUCCAGAGGCAAUUUGACGAAGCGACGGACUUGGCGUUUGAAAUUGUAAGAACAACUCACGGCGUGCCAGUCGCCUCAGCUGAAACGCAGCAGUAUACCGGUAAUUCGUAUCAACAGUGCCGCGAUGAAGCCAGAGAAGUCGGUGGUUGGUGGCCAGGACAUGUUUACGGCAAUGAACUGUCCGCAGGACCACUUGGGUUUGAGUCACAACCGGGAUUGCUGGCCAGAUCGCUACAACAACGAGACGUGAACAGGUCCGCCAGGGGAGAUGCAACAAAUGCAACUGAUCAACAACUACCUUUUGACACUGAUGACCGCGCAGCAGUAACAGGGCACUCAAUUUCAACAGCUACUGGUACUACUGGUGGUACCAUCCCAGACAGGCCAGAGGUCACCAGCGCUGUCCAGUCCAACAUUGGCCAGUAUACAGAUGGUUCUGCAACAGUGACCAUGACAAGUACCACAGUAAGUGUCAAUGAUGGUGUGAGUGUUCUUGCUAGGCCUGCUAUUGCAAACACAACUACCUCAGGCAGUACAUCUAGUAGUAGUUCUAAGGUUACUGGUCCUACAUUACCCUUGGGCAGUAGCAAUGUUCUGCCAAGCAAUUCUGUAUCCUCAACCAGUACGCAUAGUGUGAAUACUGCAAUGAAUACUAAGUACAGUGUUGGUACACAGGCUAAUCCACACUCUUUCAGAAAGCAUCCAAUGUCUACAGGUACUAAUGUAUAUGGACCUACUCACCAACCACAGAUGCCCCAGUCAGGUAUCCAGUGGCAGGCACCGCCUGUGAGCACAAUGUCAAUGGCUUCUACGGGUACUAAUGUAUAUGGGCAUACUAACCAACCACAGAUGCCCCAGUCAGGUAUCCAGUGGCAGGCACCGCCUGUGAGCACAAUGUCAAUGGCUUCUACGGGAACUAAUGUAUAUGGGCAUACUCACCAACCACAGAUGUCUUCCGGGUACAUGCAACAGCCAAUGGUUUAUGCAACACCAUCCAAUAUUGGAAAUCAAAUGUAUGCAACAGGGCUACCUCAAAUGCAACAAAACCAGGCUCGUGCAGAGCCAUGGAAGCAGCUACAACGAGUUGGCAUACCAAUAUUCAGCGGUGACAAACGUACGUAUGAGUCAUUCCGAGAAGCUUUCAUGGCAUGUGUAGAUAGUGCACCCGCCACCCCUCAGUACAAGCUGUUGCAAUUGAGGCAGUAUUUGGCAGGAGACGCACUGACAGCCAUCGAGCGACUUGGCUACUCACCAUCAGCCUAUGACGCAGCUAAGAAGUUGCUAGAGCGCAAGUAUGGCGGUGAGCGACGCCGUGUGGCUCUACAUAUUGAACAGAUCGAUAGUAUGUCCGUAGUGAGAGCCAACCGACCGAAAGAGAUGGAGCACUUUGCCGAGCUGCUUGCCGUGGCCGUAGUCAACAUGAAAGAUUCAGGUCGAGCCAUGGAAUUGGGCCAUGGCACAUUCUACCUCAGUCUGUUGAGGAAGCUAGACGAACGUAACCUCGCCCAAUACCACCGGUGGCGACAUGAUAAAUCUCAGCCAGAGACAGUUGAAGUACUUCUCGAGUGGGUGAACCUGGAGGCAGAGUUCUUGGUAGUAGCGUCAGAAACCGUGAGCGGAUUCAGUGGCAACGCGGCAGCUCAGUCACAGCCAGCUCAAUCAGCCAGUGUGAAUAGACGACAGUUCACCAGCCGGACGCCACCAAUGUUCAAGAAUACGGCGCGUACAUUCGCGAAUGCUGGUAUGCCAGCGAACCGAGAUUGCCCGGCAUGUAAUGGACCGCAUCCACUGUGGAAGUGUGCGGAGUUCAAGUUCUACAGUGUCGGAAAACGGUGGCAAGUAGCAAAGCAAGCCAAUGUCUGUUUCAGAUGCUUGUCAUAUGGUCACACUGGCAAGGAAUGCUCAAAGACGUACACCUGCGGCAUUGACGGUUGCAAGGACACCCAUCAUCGGACCUUGCACGACUCCAACAGACAAGGCUCUUGUAAUGCUGUUAGUGUCAAUCAGACAUCUGCUCCAGCAGAUAGCAGCAAGCCACGUAGUAACCACACCAGCAAGUCCUCACCGAGUAGCGACAAGGCUUCUAACAAGGCAGACAACAAGGUACAUGGAACGGCAUUGUCUGUCAGGGAAGGGGAGUGCAACAAACCAAGUACCACAACUACACCAGUGUCCUUGAGAACUGUUCCAGUGAUACUACGCAAUGCCAACAGACAAGUGGUUGUGAAUGCUAUUCUCGACGACGGGAGUACGAUGUCAUAUAUAAAUGCUGAUGUAGCCGCUGAAUUAGGGUUACAGGGUCAUACUGAGAAGGUGACAAUCAGCACGCUCAAUGGACGGCAGGAAACAUUCUCCACUACUCCUGUCUCUGUGAACAUCUCCGGCCUGGACGGACGUGAGACAGCUCGAAUAGAAGCAAGAACAACGCGACGAGUUGUGGGAGACCUCCCCGCAAUUGAUUGGCGUCAACAUGGCCCAAAAUGGAAACACUUGAAGGGCAUCCAGUUUCCAGCCAUUAAUGACAAUCGAGGCGUAGAUCUCCUCAUUGGAAAUGAUCAUGCUAACCUGCACGAAUCGCUGAGGGACAUUCGUGGGCAACCAGGUGAGCCGAUUGCCCGUCUAACACCACUGGGCUGGACUUGUGUUGGACCAACGGCAACAACGUCACAUGCACAUACCGCCAUCACUCUGUACGCGGGUGACAGGCACGAAAUGGAAGCCGACACUCUCCUCCGACAGUUCUGGGAGCUCGAAAAGACCGACUCGGAUUUGGAAACCGCAUUCAGUCCAGAUGAUCAGACCAUCGUGGAUGCAACUGUCAAAUCAAUGGUGAAGAACGACCAGAGACAUCAAGUAAGUGUGCCGUGGCGUAAAGACGGCCCACAACUGCCCAACAACCAAGAGAUGGCAAUGCAGCGACUCCGUAGUACCGAACGGCGUUUAGCAAAGCAACCAGAUGUAGCAGCAUCAUACGACAAAAUCAUUCAACAGUAUGUGGAAAAAGGGUACGUUCGACUAGUCUUACCAGGCGAGCGCCCUCCACCAUCCAAAUGGCUGCUACCACACUUCCCAGUACUCAGACCGGAUAAGAGUACUACCAAGGUGCGUAUCGUGUUUGAUGCAUCUGCUCGCCUUAAUGGAGUCUCGCUGAAUGAUACGAUACAUCAGGGUCCUAAGCUGCAACAGGAUCUAGCGAAAGUACUACUUCGCUUCCGCAAGAAUCCGAUCGCAGUGGCCUGUGAUAUCAGUGAGAUGUAUCUCCAAAUUCAUCUUGCUGAAGAGGAUCGUCCGUACCACCGAUUUCUGUGGCGCAGUGACCCAGGGCGGGACAAUGAACCAGACGAGUAUGAAUUCACCAGAGUCGUGUUCGGUGUCAAUUGCUCACCAUUCCUCGCACAGCUGGUCACCCAGGAGCACGCUAAGGCAAACAGUAGCAAAUGGCCGCAAGCAGCUGAGACCGUCCUUCAGUCGGCAUACAUGGAUGACAGUCUGGAUUCAGCACCAUCAGUUGCAGAUGCAAUCAGCCUCUAUCGACAACUUUCAGAUCUGUGGAGUGACACUGGAAUGGUUGCUCGCAAGUGGAUCUCCAAUUCAAAGGAAGUACUAGAGCAGAUACCAGCAACAGACCGAGCACUGCAAGUCGACCUCAGUAAAAGUGAUUUGCCCUCAGUGAAGACGCUAGGAGUGCAAUACGAUGCAACUAGUGACGCCUUCUCGUUCAAGCUCUCACCGCUACCGGAAACAUUUCAGUACACAAAGCGGAAUGUGCUGAAACGAGUGGCGACAAUAUUCGAUCCCUUGGGUCUUCUGGCUCCUCUGACAAUCCGAGCCAAGAUGUUGCUGCAAGAUAUGUGGGCAGACGGUGUCGCUUGGGAUGAUCCAUUGGAUCCGCAGCUUUGCCAAGCUGUCCGGCAGUGGUUUGAAGAACUCCCACUGCUUGCAUCAGUCGCCAUUCCGCGGUGUCUCCAGCCACCGGAUCAGCCAGUAGCUUCAAACGUCCAAUGCCACAUCUUCGCUGACGCUUCAGAAAAGGCGUAUGGAGCAGUUGCCUACUACCGAGUGCAGGGCAGUACAGAUGAAGUAACAUCACGAUUGAUUGCAGCGAAAUCGAGAGUAGCCCCUCUGUCAACAACUAGCAUCCCGCGCCUGGAGUUACAAGCAGCAGUGAUUGCGAAACAGCUGGCUAGGCAGAUCGCCAACGCAUUGGCGCUACCGAAGUCAGCCCUGGUGUUCUGGACGGAUAGCAUGAACGUCCUGUAUUGGAUCCGUGGCCAAAGCAAGAGGUAUAAAACGUUCGUGGCCAACCGAGUCAGCGAAAUACAAGGGUUCUCGGAACCAGCGCAAUGGCAUCAUGUACCAACCGAGCAAAACCCAGCCGACAAGAUAUCACGAGGGUGUUCAGUGCAACAAGUAGAUGACAGCAUGUGGUGGAAUGGUCCAUCAUAUCUACUACAGGAUGCUACAACUUGGCCACAGCGGGUGGAGACCAAGGUCAAUGUCGAGACGAUGCGCAAGGAAGAGAAGAAAGAACAACAGCAGACCAACGCAAUUACAAGCCUGUUUCAGACAGCGGCCGACAAUGACAAGACGACAGGUCCUAGCAACCAGCAACAGCAGCAAUGGCGGCUUGACCCCGAGCGCUUCGGAUCAUGGAGCCGACUACUCCGCGCAAGGGCGUUAGUGAGACGCUUCGUGACCAAUUGUCGUACAAUCAAGUCCGACAGAAUGACAGGUCCGCUCUCAUCAGCAGAGAUCAGUGAUGCAGAGACCGAGGUUUUGAAGAUGGCCCAACAUGAUGCCUUCUCGGACGAGAUCAAGGUGCUCGGCCAGAGAAAAGUGGUGUCGGCAAGAAGCGAAUUAAGUCCCAUGAACCCAAUGAUCGACGACAACGGUGUACUGCGCUGUCAAGGAAGACUGGCAUAUGCAGAGUACCUGCCAGAGGAUACAGUGCACCCAAUCAUCUUACCGCGUCAUCAUCCCGUCACCCAGCUCAUCAUUCGGCACUAUCAUGAGUUAGCUCAGCAUGUGGGAGGCACUAACCACAUCCUCGCUAAUAUCAGUGCGCGAUUCUGGAUCAAUGCCGCCAGGGAAGCAAUUCGUGAGGUGGAACGGAAGUGUCCGAGAUGCAAGCUGCUGAAGGCCAAGCCUGCACAUCAGAUAAUGGCUCCACUUCCACGCACCAGGAUCACACCAUCCUUCCGAGCUUUCGCAAGAACCGGAGUAGAUUUUGCCGGUCCAUUUACCACGGUCCAAGGGCGUGGCAGAAAGAGGCAGAAGCGCUAUCUAUGUCUGUUUACGUGUCUCGCUACACGCGCAGUGCAUUUGGAGCUUGCCUAUGGACUCGACACAAGCUCAUUCCUCAACGCCUUCUACAGAUUCGUUGGACGCCGUGGUCUACCACAGCAUAUGUUAUCAGACAAUGGAACCAACUUUGUCGGCGCGCAGAGAGAGCUUCAGGAGUUACACGAUGCUUUGGAUCAAGACUGUAUAGUACGGACGACCGCCGAUCAGGGCAUUCAUUGGCAGUUCAAUCCACCAGCCGCUCCACACUUUGGAGGAUCGUUCGAGGUGAUGGUCCGAGCUGCCAAACGUGCUAUCUACGCCAUACUUGGAAAUGCUGAGACAACAGACGAAGAAUUGACAAGUGCAUUGGUUGGUGCAGAAAGCCUAAUCAACUCGAGGCCCCUGACCUAUCAGUCAAGCCAUCCGCUCGAUGAGACGCCACUCACACCCAAUCAUUUCCUGUUCGGCCAGAUGGGAGGUGUGUUUGCUCCAUCAACAGUCGACCACACGAGCUUCAAUCCUCAACGACGGUGGCGACGAGUACAAGAACUGGUGCGCCACUUCUGGGAGAGAUGGAUCAAGGAGUGGCUACCAAGCCUGAGCGCCAGACAGAAGUGGAAGAAGCCUCAAAGUGAAGUUCAAGUCGGUGAUGUCAUGCUACUUCUGUCACCCGAUACACCACGAGGGCACUGGCCAUUGGCACGAGUGCUGGAAACGUAUCCAGGCCGAGACGGUCACGUACGAGUAGCGAAGGUGAAGGUUGGUGAGAAGACCUUUGUGCGACCUAUUGCAAGGUUGUGCCCAUUGGAAGCCACACCAGAGUGA